CGCCGGCGGCGCCGCCGCGCAGCGCCGAGACCGCCCGACCCGCCGCGGCCGCUAUCGCGAGCCCAACAUGGCAGGAGCUGGAGGAGGAAAUGACAUUCAGUGGUGUUUUUCUCAGGUGAAAGGCGCUGUAGAUGAUGAUGUAGCAGAAGCGGAUAUAAUUUCUACAGUAGAAUUUAACCAUUCUGGAGAAUUACUAGCAACAGGAGACAAAGGAGGUAGAGUUGUCAUCUUUCAACAGGAGCAGGAGAACAAAACCCAGUCUCACAGUAGGGGAGAAUACAAUGUUUACAGUACCUUUCAAAGCCAUGAACCAGAGUUUGACUACUUGAAAAGUUUAGAAAUUGAAGAGAAGAUCAACAAAAUUAGGUGGUUACCCCAGAAAAAUGCUGCUCAGUUUCUAUUGUCUACUAACGAUAAAACAAUUAAGUUAUGGAAGAUCAGUGAAAGGGACAAAAGACCAGAAGGCUAUAAUUUAAAGGAAGAAGAUGGACGGUAUAGGGAUCCUACUACAGUUACAACACUACGGGUGCCAGUAUUCAGGCCCAUGGACCUCAUGGUUGAAGCUAGUCCACGAAGAAUAUUUGCCAAUGCUCACACGUACCACAUCAAUUCCAUCUCCAUUAAUAGUGAUUAUGAAACAUACUUAUCUGCAGAUGAUUUGCGGAUUAAUCUGUGGCACCUAGAAAUUACAGACAGAAGUUUUAAUAUUGUAGAUAUUAAGCCUGCCAACAUGGAAGAGCUGACAGAGGUGAUAACUGCUGCAGAGUUCCACCCAAAUAGCUGUAACACAUUUGUAUACAGCAGCAGUAAAGGAACAAUUCGUCUCUGUGACAUGAGAGCAUCAGCACUCUGUGACAGACAUUCAAAAUUGUUUGAAGAACCAGAAGAUCCUAGCAACAGAUCAUUCUUCUCUGAAAUCAUCUCCUCCAUAUCUGAUGUCAAAUUUAGCCAUAGUGGUCGAUAUAUGAUGACUAGAGAUUACCUAUCAGUGAAGAUCUGGGAUUUAAAUAUGGAAAACAGACCUGUGGAAACAUACCAGGUGCAUGAAUACCUCAGAAGUAAACUUUGCUCACUCUAUGAGAAUGAUUGCAUUUUUGACAAGUUUGAAUGCUGUUGGAAUGGAUCAGACAGCAUCGUCAUGACAGGAUCUUACAACAAUUUCUUCAGAAUGUUUGACAGAAACACAAAGCGAGACAUCACCUUAGAGGCAUCACGGGAAAACAAUAAACCCCGUACGGUUUUGAAGCCACGUAAAGUUUGUGCAAGCGGUAAGCGAAAGAAGGAUGAAAUUAGUGUCGACAGCCUAGACUUCAACAAGAAGAUUCUACAUACAGCCUGGCAUCCUAAGGAAAAUAUCAUUGCUGUAGCUACUACAAACAACUUGUAUAUAUUUCAAGACAAAAUGAAUUAGGUUUGGCAUUCCUAACUGAAGAGUCCACUUCCUGCAUAGUUGAAAUAGUUGAAUCUAGCAUUUGUACCUGUAAACGAAAGAGAAUGAGAGAGGUCCAUUAUGGCACCCCUUUCCAGUGUUUAAAAAUGUGCCAUAUGACAACGCAUUUUUAUAGCUACAUGGAGAAAGCUCUGUUGAUCUGUCACUGUGUUCUUCUCCAUGUCUGCUAGCCAUUUAGGUGAGGAUAGGGCACUUUUUAAUUUAAAUGACUACUUGCACCAUCUUGCCUAAUGGACUAGAUUGGACUGUAUCAACAUUGGUUUACUCCACUUUUUAUGCCUUCCAUUGUGAUGACGUCAAACACAGGGAAAGCCUUCAAUCAUGCUAUGGGAUUUAAUUGUGUAACCUCAUUACUGUAUCAUUUGUGGCCCCCUUUUUUAUUAAAUACAGCUCAUUCUUGCUGUGGCUUGUAGCAUUCCUCCUCCUUCUGGCCUCCUGGACUCCCCCUUUCCCUUUUAUCCCCCUCCACCUAGCCCUGGUGGUGGUGUAUAGAAAAAAAACAAAACAAAACAAAAUAAAGCACAUGAAAUGGGUCCGUUUGGGGUCAGUGGUAAAGGGGGUCUGUGUUGCAACAAAUGUUUUAAUAAACAGUUGACUGUAAUCACUCCUUGCCAUGUCUGGCACCAAAAAAAGAAAAAAUAAGGAGAAAAACAAACUACUGAAUAAAAGUGACAAAGAAUGGAGAAUCUGUUUUCUUUUUUUAAUCUACCUCUUUAUACUCUGUGUUUUACCUUAGAUGCAUGAAAAUAAAAUGAUGUUUUUUGUAAUGAUUUUAACCAGUAUUAAUUAUUUUUCAUGGGAAUGAAGAGAGGGAGGGAUUUCACAAGUAUCUGCAUUCAUCCAUGAAUGAAUGACAAUAAUACCAGCCUUAGUAUGCGUUGACCAUUUCCCUUGCAAAACCAUAAACUGCUGUCAGAUUUUGCCAUAGUCUGAUCUGGUCAGUUACUGCUCAAAUAUCCUUAAAGAGCCUCCGCCCCACACCCUUUCCUCCUAAACUAUUGCUUAAGUUGGAAUGGGAAUAGAAUUUGUAGGUUUAAAAUCCAUUUUAUGAGACUGUCUUUUCAAUAUUUAGUUUUAUCAUGAUUUCUGAAAUGCCUUGUUUUAGGAUACAAUACCUUUAAUGCCUCAUUUAGAAUACAAAGGCCCACGUGUUUUUUUUUUAAAAAAGUUGUUUGAAUUCUUGUCUAGCAGUAUGAUGUUACAUAGUACAAAAUACCAAGUGAUUACAUAGAUAAUUACUACCGUGCAUUCUGAGAUGCUCUAUUUUCUGUAUUUUAUUGCUAUCAGUAACUGAGUGGAAAUGUAGUUUAUCAUGCAAGUGUUUCUCCUGGCUUUUGGCUUUGCAAAAUUAUUGCACUUAAAGAAACUUAAAUGGUGCAAUGAUCAGAAAAUAUGUGAAGUACAGAAGCUGCAUGAAAUAAGUGUUCAUAGUAUUUGAGCAAUUUAAACUCUUAAGCAAAUAAGACUUAUCCAAAGAUGAACUAGAUACUGAUGCUUUAUAAGGCUCAUGAGUUUUUACCUCCAGCUGUUUUUGCUAAUUGUACUUUUCUGUUUACUUUUCCUUCAAGGAAAUGUUUAGAAUGGAGUUUUAAGUCAGAGUGAACUUGGCUGCAAAGAUUUUCACUUUUCAGUUAAUUACAUUUAAAUUAUAUCUGUGGCUUAGUUAUAGGCAGCUAUUAUAAUGCUUCCAUUAUUUGAUCAACUAAGAUACUGUUUCUGCUGUAAAAUUGUGGCUGGGUUAGGGAUUGUUAACAAGACAACUGUUGGAAACAAUUUAAUUUUAUUAAGCUUUUGUGCUGUGGUUUGAAAAAUGUAAAAAUUCAGAUAUUUAUUAUAUCUGGUUCUCUUAAACACGGUAUCUGUCUUGUAACAUGCAUGCCUGACCAUGAGCCUUUUUAAGGAAUUUAUUUUUUUCCCACCUGUUAGCCUUGAAAAAAAUUAGUGGCCCCUUUGCCCUCCCAGCCCCUAGAACAGCAACUUGAAUGCUUCUGGGCCCUAGUCCUAUUUUAUGUAUCAUGUGACUAAUUUUACUCAAAUGAAUAUGCUUCUAAAUAGUUAAGAAAACAACUUGCUGAGUAAUUGUGUGUAUAGGUGUUUACAGGAUCAGGGCCAAGGUUUAUUCACUACCUUAUCACAAGGACAAGAGAGAACUAGUGUGGGUUUUUUUUUUUUUUUUUUUUUUUUUUGCAUCAGAGCUAGUAAAAUUCAUCUCCGUUUUGCGAAGAAGGGCAGAAGUUUAAUUAUUUCUAUUUUGAAGGGAUUGAGGGUUAUAGCAUCAAGAUUGCUGCUUUUACUUACAUGUGUAUCUGUAUAUCCUGAAUGAUGCACUGAAAGGGAAGCCAGGAUGAGAAGAUGAUGUAGAACUGAACAGGUAGACUUCAUGUAGAACUAAGUGCAGCCUUCUAGCAAUACUUCAUUCAAGCAAAACUGCCUCUUGGACCUCAGCAGAGCAUGCUGGUACGCAUUCAGGGUUUUUAAAAGCUAGUCUUUGGGAAAAGUUUUUGUUUUAUCAGUAGCAGUGAUCCCUGACAUGUCACUUGAGGUCUAAUCUAUCCUCACCAAAACCAGCUACUGACUGUGAUGUCAUAGUAUCCAACUAGAUAAAAUUCUCUAAACAUACUGUCCAUUGACAUAUGCUGUAAAUCUUAUAUUUUAUUAAUAAAAAGUAUGCAUAGAA